GUGGAGGUCAGUUCCCGGCGUGCUGUGCGGCUCCAUGCUGAUGUCCUAAAGAUGCCGAUGAAGGGGAAGUUCCCGAUCCGCCGGACCCUCCAGUAUCUGCAGAGCGGGGAGAUCAUCUUCAAGGAUCCGGUCCGGAUCAUGACUGUCAACUACAACAGCCGGGGGGAGCACGGCCUGGGGGCCAGGAAUUUUGUGUUCUUUAAUAUCCCUCAAAUCCAAUAUAAGAAUCCGUGGGUCCAGAUCGUGACCUUCAAGAACAUGACCCCCUCCCCGUUCCUGCGCUUUUAUUUAGAAAGCGGCGAGCAGAUCCUCGUUGACAUUGAGGACAAGAGUCACACGGAAAUUGUGCAGCACGUGAAGAAGAUCCUGGGGAAGACCGAGGAAACGCUUAAAAUGGAAGAGAAAGCCAAGCUGGUGCUAUCCCACCCGGCCCACUUCGGCCCGAAGAAGUACUACUUGCGGGAGUGCAUGUGCGAGGUGGAGGGGCCAGGUGCCCUGCCCGGGAAAGGUGCCGCUGCCCAACGAGAUGACCGGAAAAUACAAGAAUAAAACUGAAAGCUGAGAGUGCGGUGUGA